AUGUCAGCAUCAGGAUCACGUGGUCGAGGUCGUGGUAGACGAGUUAAUCGAAUAGAUAUAGGCCCACCAGAACCCUAUAGGUCUCAAUCAAUAGCUAUAAUACCUGAGAAAUUCCAUCAAGGAAAUAAAGAAAAUCGUAUGAUGAAUCGUCCACCAUCAUCAUCAUCAACAACAACAUCAUCCGGACGAAAACCUUCUACUGAUCAUUGUAAAUCUACAUCUCGUUCUUCAACAAAUCGAGCUAAAUCUACACAUUCACACAGAAAUUCUAUUCGUUCAGCUGUACCCGAUACAUCCAUAAUAUCGAUAGCACAACGACCAGACCAAGGUGGAACAGAAGCAGCUAAUCGAGAUAAUACAUGGCGUCCAGCAAAAAAAGAUGAUCGCUUUCUUAUAUUAAGAAAAAUAAUUGAACGUGAACAUUUUCCAUUAGUUUGGUAUGAUGAAGGAAAAAGUCUUUAUUCAAUUGAAUUACUUGUUGAUUUAAAAGAUCAAUAUGAAAUAAUUAUAAAAGAUAAAAAAAGUGAUAGAGAACAAAAAUAUCGUUUAUUAAUAAUUAAUCUUGUUAAAUCAUAUGAUAUACAGGUUCUUUGGGAUUUUAUUGAAAAUAAAAUAGCUAUUCGUCCAAGAGAUCCUAUAAGAAUAUUAGAAACACUUCUUAAACAAACCACUCGUGCAACAAUGGUUUGUGUUAAAAAUCAAUUUUAUGAUAGACGACAAGACUUAGAUGAUUUAGGUGAUGGUCGAGGUUUAGCUCAUGGAUUUUAUCAAGCAAUGUUUUUAACAAAAAUUGGUGCAACAUUAAAUAUUAAUUCUACAUUUACAUGUUUUUAUCAACCAUUCAAUUUAGUUGAUUUUCUAUGUGAAUAUCUUCAACAUAAUAUAAUUCGAGAUGGUAUUGAUGAACGUGAACAACAAUUAUUAUUACGAAAAGUACUUAAACCUAUAUGGCUUGAAACUCAUCAUACAGAAAGUGUAAGAAAAUAUCGUAUACGUGGUUUUGGUGCAUCAGCACGACAACAUACAUUUCCACGUAUUGUUGAUGGUACUAAUGAAGAUAAUCAAGAACGACAAUCAGUUUAUGAAUAUUUCUUAGAAAAAUAUCAAAUUACUUUAAAAUAUCCAAAUUUACCAACCGUUGAAUUAUAUACACCACCAAAUAAAACACAAUUUCAUUAUUUACCAAUGGAAUGUUGUACAAUUCAAGCCUGGCAACGUUCAAUAAAACCUUUAACAACAGAUCAACGUGCACGUGUAACAAAAAAAACUGUUGUCAAUCCGACACAACGAUAUCAAUCAAUAAUGGAUAUAAUUCAAAUAAGAAAUUUUAAUCAAGAUAAAUAUUUAAAUGAAAUUGGUAUGAGUAUUGAUGAUCAACAAAUGCUUACUGUACCAGCAAGAUUUAUUCCACCACCAGAAAUUAAAUAUAAAAGUGGACGAGAUGGACAAAGUGAUAUUGUUGAAAGAAUUAAUAUUGGAAAAUGGAAUUUGAGAAAUCGAUUUCAAAAAACGAGAACUAUUGAUCGAUGGGCAUGUGUUCUGAUUUCAUCACAAAAACCAAAUCCUAAUCAAUUAUCAAUUGCAAAACAAUUUAUUGAUCAAUUUCCUUAUAUAAUUAAACAAUAUGGAAUAUGUUUUCAAACAAAUCCAAUAAUGUUUAGUGAUCCAGCUAAUCCACAAGUUAUACAUGAUCGUUUAAGAGAAUUAAAAGAAAAAAAUUGUGAAGUUGUUUUAAUUAUUCUUAAUGGUGUAGGAGAAGAUAUAUAUAAAUCAAUUAAAUAUUCUGGAAAUCAAAAACUUGGAAUUGUUACACAAUGUACUGAUUUUGUUGCUAUUGCAAAAAAUAUUAGAAAUAAAAAACUCGAUAUGUAUUUACAAAAUCUUGUACAAAAAUUUAAUGCUAAACUUGGUGGUGUAAAUGGAAUGGUGUCUUUAGCUCGAGCAUUAACAUCAUCAUCAACAAAAGAUGAUAUAUU